AUGGAGGAGCGACGGCUCUUGAAGGGGAAUUCACAAACCCCGAUCAAUCCCUCGGAGGCUCAUUCAACCGAGAAUGAGUUGCUGCCGCCGAAAAACGAUGGCAAUUUUGCGCACGGUCGCUCAAAUGCGACCGGAGCUGCGUAUGCUCCGAGUAACAUAAGCGUGGGUAGCAAAGCGACCUCGGUUGCACCCUCCAGGCGCUCUCCCCGAGGCGAACCACCUGCCGAGCUCAAGUCAAUUUUGGUCAAUCGCCAUCUGAAGCCACCUGAAGGCGAUGAGGAUGCCCAUGAGAAGGGCGAGGGCGAUGAGCUCACAGGCCCUCAGCUUUUCGGAAAGAAGAGCUCUAAGGGGUGCUGGGAGCGGUUCAUGGACUUCAUGAUGCCCCUCUGGGAAAACGAAGUGAACUUUGUCCUCAAGGAGGAAUCUGAAAAACAAGCAUUUACAGAACGAGACCCGCGGUCUGUUCGAUCGAAACCCCGGUUUUUUUCGCAGACGAUCAAACCACAGGAAACGGAGGCGACGACAGUGAAGAGCGUCACUUCCGCUGUAUCUGCGUCUUCAUGUACAACGAGCGGCGAACAGUUGAAACGCCGACCUCUGCGGACGAGCCUGAACUUUUGGGGUCUUAGAUUUUGUGACAAGAAGAUCGAAGAGGAAUUCGAGUAUAACAAUACUCGACUGUUCAAGUAUAGGAAUGCAUUCACCGGAGUUGUAUGCUUUGCCGUCACUGCGUUUGAUUAUAUUCUUUUCCUGCUGGCUGCCAAUUCCCCUGUGUACCUAUCUGGAUCCCCCGCAGCAUUCUUCGGUUUCCAUCUCUUGUUCAAUUUUACCUUCGUAUCUAUCAUUUGGUUCAUGUUCAGCUACAAAAUUUCGUUUGUCCAGCCGCGGCAGGAGCAGUCGAGUUACAUUAUUGUCACUAUGUCAUAUGUAACCAUUUGGAUUAUUGUUUUCGCCACGAAAAUACAACUCUACUGGGGCGACGCGUGGAAGAUGCUCGGCAAGGAUUUUCUACCCCUCAGUUUGAACCUGUAUAAGGAUCCGGACUAUCAAAUGAAAAAUUGUAUCAACGACCCUCGAUUCGCCUUGUUUGUCGUCCUGAAUGAGAUCCUCCUAAGCAGCGUCGCGGAUGCCUACUACUAUGUCAUUACUCUCCUGUUCUCUGGCAUACUGCCGUCAAGGAAUCGUUACAUUGCAAUUCAUCAAACAAUCCUCGUGAUCCUGAACUGUAUCGUCACCCUCAUGGGCGUGGGUAGAUUUUCAGUACUGAUUUUCCCCGCCACGCACUCCCAUGUUAUUCCCGUCGGCCUUCGUCUGUUCUUCUCAAGGCUGUAUCGAAUGAGCACGAUGGUGACAUGCUACGUGCUCGGACUGGCGGGUGAAUUCCUGGGUGAAGUGCAGCGCCGCGGCCUCUUCUACGAGUGGUAUACGAUGAGGAAAAAACUGAUGCAAAUUCACCAGGAGAGGAAGAAGGCUCAGAAGAAGCAUGCCACUAGCGGGCUAGAUGACUUACGAGCGUCUUUCAACGAGAUUCGAACCAUUCUCAUGCAAGCCAAGCUGCGCUGUAAGGAGUACGAUGUGACCACGGAGGUCAGCCAGGCGCUCGAGCUCGUGGAGGAAGCGAUGAAGCUUCUCACGAAUUCGUGGAACUUGUACACAGUCCAGGUGGACGACACCCUGAAGCAAGAGGAGUUCAUUAAAGCCAUGGACGUGGAGCCUCGAGUCAAAAGGAUAUGCCUUGUCUCUGGACCACAGGGAUCGUCUCGGACUGCAGUCAAGAGCCUGUUCGAGAAGGGUGCAUCGGGUUCAGCAUCGUUUGACGACAAAAACGCUGUUGUGAAAGCUUCCUUGGAACUUCCAAAGAUGUCCGGCGUACUGGCGACCAAAUACACUAUCGACCUUCUUCCCGUGGUUGGCAUCGACAUCAGCUACAACAUUCUGGAGUUCAGCAAACAGUGCCCAGACUCGGUUCUGUCGGAGGUUGGCUACGUCUUGCUGAGUCGAAUCGUCUGUGACUGGGGAUGUGAAGACAAAGUUCUUUGCCAGUUCCUGCACACAGCUCAAAGCCUGUACCGAGACAAUUCCUAUCACAACCAGAUUCACGGUGCAAUGGUGGCUCACUAUAUGGGUUGUUUGCUUCGCGCCCUCGGAGUCAACCGCGAAAUGAACUCCAUCUCCGCCGCAGCGUGUGCAGUGGCUGCCCUCUGCCACGACAUCGGUCAUCCGGGCAGAAACAACAACUUUUUUGUUGCCUCGGGCGCUCCGCUGGAAUUUAAGCAAGUUCGAGCAAACAUGAUCGACCUAAUUCUCGCCACGGACAUGAAAACGCAUUUCGACUUCCUUAGCCGGUUCCGGAACCGGCGCCAGGCUGCGGGUUUCAAUUUCCACAAAGUCGCGGAAGAUCAGUGGCUGGCUGCGGAAAUCUGCAUUCGCGCGUCCGAUCUCGGGCAUGCGGUGACUGAAUGGGACCAGCACUUUGAGUGGGCCUCACGAGUUGUCACUGAAUUCUAUCUCCAGGGCGAAGAAGAACGCCGCAUGGGCUUGCACAUCUCGCCUCUCUGUGACCGAGAAGAUCAUCCGUCGUUCGCCAAGUGCCAGCAUGGCUUCCUCGGCUACGUCGUCAAGCCUCUUAUGGUUGAAUUGGGUGAAUGUGACCUGUCGCAAAAGAUCAUACCGCAGCUGAUGCACAAUCUCGAGCAGAAUAUGGCGCGAUGGGAGGAAUUUACGAACGAGGGCGUCAACGUGGUUUUGUCUUCUGCCGCGCUCGCGUAUGAUAUCAAGGGACAAGGUGUUGAUGUUGACCUCGACAUCCAUGUGCUUACCGCCAAUGACAUUUUAGCGCCGCAAGGCCACAGUGGUGCUGAUUUGGGCCAUUCGCGACACUCAAUAUCAAGACGACGUGACUCAGAAAUGCAGAACAAAACAACAUUAGGAGCCUCUGGCUCAGAUAACGCUGACGAUCUCAGCUCGAAGCUGAAGCAGCAGCUUAUUCAACAGCAGCGGGAUUUCGAAACCCAGCAACAGAACUUGAUGAAGCAAAUCAUCGAACUGAAAGAGAAAAUCGCCGUAUUGACAGCGGAGCUGAACCGCCAGCGCGCUCGAGUGGCGGCUCAAGAAUCAGCAGGGGGCCGCCAGGAUAAUGCUCCAAGGUUGGAGGGACGUGAAAAUGAGGAGCAGAGCAAUCGUCUUCUCUCCGAGUCGAGCAUGGUGAAGAAAACGUCGCAAAGUAGCGUGGUUAACCUUGGCUCAAUAACAGCGAAUAGUCUUUUCAGCGGGCACAAAAAGUCCGACCGAGAGAAGAUCCCUGAUAGCGACGAGGAGGGUUCGUCGUGA